UCUCAGCCUGUCUCCCUAGGAUUGGAGCAGCUAUAAGAAGAAUACCGGAGCUCGGGAGAGAGAGAGAGGCCACUUCUCAUCCAUCCAUCCAGGAACACUCAGACUCCUCCUUACAUUGGAACAUGGAGCAACUAAGGUGUCACAGCAGCAGCAGCAGCAGCAGCAGGCCGGCCCCGCCGUGCAGGAGGACACAGAUGCCAGGAGUGCCAGUCCCCCGACAUGCCCUUCUACUCCUCUACACCUUCAUAGCAUACACAGCAGAAUCAUCAAUAGUUUCAUGCCAGGGUGAGACCCUCUGUGGUGGAGAACUGGUAGACACGUUGCAAUUUGUGUGUGGAGACCGAGGCUUCUACUUCGGUAAGUCAGCCUACAAAAAGACUACGGGGCGCUCCAAUCGCAGAGCUAGCAGAGGAAUUGUGGAAGAAUGCUGCUUUCGGAGUUGUGACCUAGAUUUAUUAGAAACAUACUGUGCGAAGCCAGUCAAGAAUGAAAGAGACCUUUCCACCGCUCCUGCCACUGCAUUGCCAUCUCUGAAUAAGGAAACAUACCAUAAGCAUUAUCAUAUCAAGCACUCUAAAUAUGACAUUUGGCAAAGAAAGCCCACUCAGAGUCACCGCUUAAGGAGAGGGGUUCCUGCCAUUGUUCGGGCGAGGCAGUUUCGGCGGUGGGUGAGGCAAAUAGAGGAAACCCAACAGCUUUUAUCACAUAGGUCAUUAACAACCUCACAGAUGACACCACCUCGCUCCAUUCAGCAAGACUCAGAGUCCUCCCAUAAUUAAGCUGGGAAUCAUUACUAAGCAGGAUUCCGCUGCCUUCAAUUUCUGUUUCUAUGUUCUGUUUGUUUUUCUUCUGUCUUCUCUGAACUGGAGAGAGACCAAGCCAAGCAACAGAGUUGAAGCCUGAAAAGCUCAAUGUGACACCUCACAGAAGAGUAAAAUGAGCAAACUGAGACACCAAAGCUGGAACAAAAACAACAACAUUACCUUUUGGUGGGAAACAUUUCUGUGGAUUUUUGCGUCCUUUUCUGUGUUUUUUUUUCCAACUGUUUUUCAAACUGCAGCACGUAUAUGUGUACGUGAAAAAGUAUGCAAAGACACAAUUGUAUUUGUCUGUGUGUACGCACACAAAUAUGCAUCAUCCUGGCACAUUGGGCCUAGCUGUGCCGUUAAGGAAAAACAAAAAUGUUUUACCAGUGGAACUAUUUUGAAAUCCAUCCAAAUGAUUACUUUAAGGAUGGAAAGUGGGGCAAAUGAGAGCGGAAAAGAAAAAAGAAUUUCCUGCUGUUUCUUACAUCUGGUUUAACAUCUUGACACUACUUAAUGUCUUAUUUGUUUUCCUGUAGCAUUUCAAUGUCAAUGUCCAAAAUUAUUUUGCACCUUUUUUAUGCCUGGAAAAAAAAAAUUGUAGGGCAUGUAAGGUUUUUUUUAGGGUUUCUUUUUCUCUUAUUCCUUUGUGUCACUGAGGCUUCUGCAGCCUUAUUAUUGCAAUGCGUUGCCAUCUUUGGCAUCAAAGGGGUUGAGUACUAGAAUUCCAAAUGUAUUUGCACCUUUUAAUCAUUGAGAACUAAGAGAAAAGAAGGGGGAAGUAGGCAGACACCUUUUUUAAGUUUGAGCGGGAGCUCUGUCUGCUUUGCACAUAUGCCACAGAUUACAAUGAUUUUUAUAUAUGUAUAAUAUAUAUAUUAUAUUACUUUUUUGUGAAAAGGAAAAAAGUCAAGCACUAUUUUUUAUGGAACUUUCUUUUUCGUAUAGCGCUGGAAGAAGGGGAUGCGUUAAUGUAAAUAUGAUGUCCUUUGGUGCUAAUGUCACUUAAAUGGGAAGAGCUGGAGUGAGAUUGUAAUGUAGCCUAGGAUUCCUAUAAACUUGCAUUCCAACAAUUGAAUCCUAUGAGGCUUCCUUUAAACGAAUCCUCAGUAUAGUAUUAAUGUAAGAGAUGAGAACAUAUUGAACUUGAAAAAAAUAAUGCUUUUCGUUUUAGGAAAAGUAUACCUGUUUUUUCCCUCCUCUGAAUUAUAUAGAGGAUAUAAUCUAACACUAAAACCAUUCAUAUGCAUUCAGAUGAACAUAUAGUUAGCUGCGCCAUUAAUGAUUUGCCAUACCUAGGGGGAAAAGGGAAUUAAUUGUAUCAUUCUAGAUUGCCAUACCCAUUAAUAACUGGUUUUAGGUUUGUCUCCCAACUGCUUUUUUAGAAUCAUAAAAACAGCUUAGUUUGUUAAAUGUAAGCAAUAUGUGCUAGACUAUAGUCAACAUGUUUUCAAAUUUUGGACAGAUCCUGGGCCCUAACCUAACAUAUCCUGUUUUUUUUGCAUCUUGAAAGGUUGGGAAGUCUGGUUUUACCACUUGGUCAACACUGUAGAUUCUAUACCUUAUGGUCUGCCACCUCAAUCAAUUUCAAUUGCCAUAUGGACUUAAAAGCAUAUGUCAUUAAAUGUAGCACUGAAUAUUUUUAAAAACUAACUUCUCUAAUGAAAAUUGAUGCUUAUUUUUUUUUUUGUUAUGUUUUACUCUUAAACUUAAAAUCAAAAGCAACCAAUUUAGCUUAAAUACAAUAACACACAAAUGACACGUCCAUUUUAAAGGACCAAUAAACUUAAAAAAAGUUUUCUAUGCA